AUGGCCUCCACAACCAUCUACCCCAAGAGCCAUGUCGGUUUUGACAGCAUCACAUCCCAGAUCGAGCGCAAGCUCUUGAAACGUGGUUUCCAGUUCAACGUCAUCUGCGUUGGCCAGACUGGUCUCGGAAAGUCCACUCUCAUCAACACCAUGUUCGCGUCUCACCUCAUUGACUCCAAGGGACGCAUGCUCCCCGACGAGCCCGUCCGAACCACCACCGAGAUCCACUCCGUGUCCCACAUUAUUGAGGAGAACGGUGUGCGCCUCCGACUUAACAUUGUUGACACUCCCGGAUACGGCGAUCUCGUUAACAACGACCGCUGCUGGGAUCCCAUCGUCAAGUAUAUCAAGGACCAGCACUCCGCCUACCUCCGCAAGGAGCUCACCGCCCAGCGUGAACGAUACAUCCAGGACACCCGUAUCCACUGCUGUCUUUUCUUCAUUCAGCCCUCUGGCCACUCGCUCAAGCCUAUUGAUAUCGUUGUCUUGAAGAAGCUUUCCGAUGUCGUCAACGUUGUCCCCGUCAUUGCCAAGUCCGACAGCUUGACACUCGAGGAGCGCCAGGAGUUCAAGGAGCGCAUCAAGGAGGAGUUUGCCUUCCACAACCUGAAGAUGUACCCCUAUGACAACGAGGAGUUUGAUGAUGAGGAGCGUGCCAUGAACGCCCAGAUCAAGAGCCUUAUCCCCUUCGCCGUUGUCGGUUCCGAGAAGUCCAUUAUUGUCAACGGCAAGCAGGUUAGGGGCCGACAGAACCGAUGGGGCGUUAUCAAUGUCGAGGAUGAGAACCACUGCGAAUUCGUCUACCUCCGCAACUUCCUCCUCCGCACGCACCUCCAGGAUCUCAUCGAGACCACUUCUCAGAUCCACUACGAGACCUUCCGUGCCAAGCAGCUGCUUGCCCUCAAGGAGAACUCGGCGCAUAGCGCUGGUAGCCGGCCAAUCAGCCCGGCGGCUGAUCGUGAGCUCAGCCGGAACUCACAACGGAUGACAAUGAACGGGUACUAA